AUGUCUCGGAAACGCCGCAACACUUCGUCGCCCGAGGCCGACUCACCACCUGCUUCCAAACGGCAUAACAGGGACUAUGAAGCACCUGAGUGGGAUAGUGCAGACGAGGAGGAGUCGAAAGAGAAGCCCCAGCUUGAUGAAUACACUGGCCAAGCUGGCGCCUUUCCGGGGCUUGGAAAGGACUCUGAUGACCUCUUCUACGGGCCUGCAUCGGAUGGAAUAGAUUAUUUGCGAAUGGUUCGUUCCGAAGCGAGGGGUGUUCCACAUAUCUUGACGGUUCCGUCGACUCAAAGCGUUGGGUUCCAGAAACAUACGGUUUCGGUGCAGGGGAAUGGCGGAGGCGUCUACUAUGACGGCACAUACACUGCGCUUGCAGACCCUUCUACAGAGCAGGGCGAGACACCGCCAGACGCGCAAGAAUUCUACUAUGACGCUCUUCUCAAGCAAUUUAGAGUCGUACAAGCGACUAUGAGAUGCACUCCCCCGUUGGCGGUCCUAGAAAGUCUCGCGUCUUCAAGACUCAUAUCGUUUCCAGGGGAUUCUAGACAAGCGAGAGUCCAGUGGGAGGCCCUUGUCAGCACCGUUGACCCCCAUCCCGCCCAAAUUGCUGUCAUGGACCCCAAAUCAGUGCUGGAAUUGGUUACUCUUUUGAGGAAGAAGCUGAAUAUAUAUUUCAGCUCGCGGGAUGAGGGUACUGUAUCACGAGUAGGAGCAUGGCUUUGGGCCACUCUAGGCAAAUGUCGUGAUCGUGGGGAGUUAUCGAGCGAGGAGAUUGGUGAACUCCGGUUGCUUGCCCAGAGAGCAAUCGAUAUUCAGGCACGAUUCGACAUGGACUCCAAUCAGCACACCUCAAAUAGCGAUCUGGGUUCGCUAGAAAAUGACAUUGAUGAUGGUGAUAGCGAAGAUGAGCAACACCGAAGCGAGAGAACGCUGCCCGCGGAUGAAAAGGGCACUUUCUCGGCUAGACAGGCUGGCAGUGUUGAAGAGGAGCUUGGGAAGGCAACAGAACGGGACAGAUUGAUAGCCGCCGCUCUUGACAUGGUCAUCACAGUAGUUGGGGAAAUUUACGGGCAAAGGGACCUUCUGGGGUCGAGGAGAAAAUGGGAAGAGAGCAGGAUUCUGACAUGA